AUCCUUCAGUGUAAUAGCAAAGGUUGGUGUGUUAGUUCAUCCCCUUUGUCCUUAUUUCCCAUUCACAGAUCAAACCAGUCUCUCUUUCCUCCAUUUCACUCCCUACUCCAUGGAGUUGCCGGUAACGAUGCCGGUCUCCGGCCACCACCGGAGAACGUCCACAUAUACCAUUCAAACCAAGAAUUUGUCCUACUCUUACCAGAGCCCAUGUAAUGAAUUACUCGAUUCUCUUCUCUCUUGCAGGAAACCUAAGACUUCACCACGGUUCAUCAUCAAGAAUGUGAGUCUUGAGGCUAGACCAGGAGAAAUCACAGCAAUUGCUGGUCCAAGUGGAGCAGGAAAGACCACUCUGUUGGAAAUUUUAGCUGGAAAGAUCCCUCCAAGAAAGGUUUCAGGCCAGGUGCUAGUUAACGGCCAUCCUAUCAAUGCUGAAACGUUUCGUAGAUUAUCAGGUUACAUCACACAAGACGAUGCUUUAUUCCCACUGCUUACGGUUGAGGAAACGUUGACGUAUAGCGCACAGCUGAGGCUGCCGGAUGGGAAACGGUGGCCUUAUCAGAGAGUGAAAUCAUUGAUACGUGAACUCGGGCUUGAUCAUAUUGCUAGUUCACGGGUAGGCAAAGGAUCAAACAAUGGUAUUUCGGGUGGAGAGAGGAGACGUUUGUCGAUUGGGGUCGAAUUAGUCCAUGACCCUAUUGUGUUAUUCAUUGAUGAGCCAACUUCGGGCUUAGAUUCAGCAUCAGCACUUCAUGUAAUCACACUGCUAAGGUCAAUGGUGGUGAGUCAAGCUAAGACGAUCAUCUUGACUAUCCAUCAACCUGGAUUCAGAAUCCUUGAACUACUCGACAGGCUCAUUCUGCUGUCAAAUGGGCUCGUGCUCCACGAUGGUUCGUUGAAGCUACUCGAAGAGAAACUGAGAUAUGCUGGUCAUCAUAUCCCUACCAACAUCAAUGUUCUUGAAUUUGCAAUCGAGGUCACAAACAUGGUCCAAGUACAAACUUCAGUAUCCCAUAGUAGCUGCUUCAAUCCAGACAAUAGUAAUGCAGACAGUGCUGCAAGAUUCCCCUGUCCCUCGUACCAAAACUCCCACUUCCAGGAGGUAAUAAUACUAGGUGAAAGGUUCAGCAAGAACAUAUUCAGGACCAAAGAGCUGUUUGCAACAAGAGUAGCACAAGCCCUCCUUGUCGGCUCCAUUCUCGGGACCGUAUACAUGAACGUCAGCGACGACCAAACGACGGCUUCCUUGCAAACCCGAUUAGGAUUCUUCGCAUUCAGCCUGAGUUUCCUGCUAUCAUCGACCACAGAAGGCCUGCCCAUCUUCUUACAGGAGAGAAACAUCUUCCUCAGAGAAACCUCAAGAGGAGCAUACAGAGUAUCAUCAUACGUACUAGCAAACACCAUUGUUUUCCUUCCUUUCCUCCUCCUCAUCGGCCUUCUCUACAGCGCGCCGGCAUACUGGCUAGUCGGCCUGAGACGGGACAUGGACGGAUUCCUCUACUUCUCCCUGGUUGUCUGGAUGGUUGUGAUGAUGUCCAAUUCUUUCACAGCCUGUUUCAGUGCGCUCGUCCCCAACUUCAUCAUGGGAUCAUCUGUCAUUGCCGGGCUGAUGGGCUCUUUCUUCCUGUUCUCGGGGUACUUCAUCGCUCAGGACAGCAUACCCUCGUACUGGAUUUUCAUGCAUUAUCUGAGUCUGUUCAAGUACCCUUUUGAGAGCCUAAUGAUAAACGAAUACGGCGGGAAAGGCGGCGGCAAGUGUUUGGACAGCGUGAAAGGUGAGUGUGUGGUGUAUGGGAGUGAGUAUUUGAGACAGCAGGGGUUGAAGGAGUCCCAGAAAUGGAGCAACUUGGGCGUGAUGUUGGGGUUUGUUUUUGGGUACAGAGUGCUCUGUUUUUGCAUAUUGUGGUACAGAAGUUACAGAACCAGGAAAUGAGAAAUUCUUUUACAGUUUGACGUAAUAACCAUAUAUGUCUAGCUAGAGACGGGAAACAGAAUUGUUACAUAUAAAUCAUAUAUUCAAUCUUUAAUUUUCUACAUUAUUCCUUUUCCCUUUGGGCCUGUGAACUAUGUGGUAAGAAAUAGAACAAGAAUUAGUUCGGAGAUUCUGUUGUAAUAUUUUACUUGUGUAUGUUGGGAUGACAUCUCAAGUUUAAUCAUUUCUAAUCAUCUUGGAUCAAUAUAUCA